AUGAGUUUCUGGAGCAUUGACGAGGACAAGCAAACAUCUCCCACGUUGCGGUCUCUGCUUCGUUUAAGACCCCUUGCUGCUCAGUUCAUUCGAACUAGAGUUGGAUCAGGCUCUGCAACAAGCUUUUGGUGGGAUCACUGGACUCCCUUGGGACCUCUCAUCAGGGUUCUCGGUCAGACAGGGCCGCGCGACUUGAUGAUCCCACUCUCUGCUCGUGUUUGUGAUGCUUGUAAUGACACAGGCUGGCUUCUGCGAGGGGCUCGUUCCGAUGCUGCUCUUGAGCUUCAAACUCACCUAACCACGAUUCAUCUACCUAUGCGCAACUCCCCUCCUGAUCUCGUGUACUGGUACAUCAACAAUGAGUCUCUCGAAGCAUUCUCAGCCUCUCGUGUUUGGGAUGCCAUUCGGCACCGUGAGCCACCUCAUCAAUGGACAGCCUCGGUCUGGUUCAAUGGCAGAGUUCCCCGGCAUGCGUUCAAUUUCUGGAUUGCUUAUCAUGACAGACUCCCAACUAAGUCCAGACUUGCGGCCUGGGCAAUCAAUAUCUCAACAGCCUGCAUUCUCUGCAACUCUGCAAUGGAGGACAGAGACCACCUGUUUCUUCGCUGUCCAACAAGCGAAGUAAUCUGGGCAUGUGUACUGCGUAGACUUGGAGCUCAUCAUCAUUCGUUUCAUACGUGGACUGCUAUGAUGGAUUGGCUUUCCUUAAAUGACUCUAGGACCAUCACUCUCUUGAAGCGUCUUGCGUCUCAAGCAACAAUAUACAACAUCUGGACAGAACGCAAUCGUAGGAUCCAUGACAACGUGAUAACUCCACCUGCUAUGAUUUUCAAAACAAUCGACCGUAGCAUCCGUGACGUUAUUCUUGGUAAGAGAAACAACUCAAAUUUCCGAAAGGCAAUGGAGUUGUGGCUCUCGUAUGAGUAG